AAAUUCCACACCCGUUACCCUCCUUCCCCCUCUCACGAUCCAUUAUUCCAUCUCCCAUCUCUCUCUCGGCUGUUUCCAACAGUAGAAAACCCUAGUCGUGUCCGUCUGCCUCCCCGUCUCUACGAAACACCGCCAGUAUGCGCAACUGAUAGAUGCUCCUCGUCGUCCUUCUCUCUGUCGUUAGUACAAUCUUCGCCGGCGAAUUGGGAGUGCCCAAUGACGAUGCAUCCACUGUCUCUCGGAGGCUUGAAGUGGUGGAGAGGAUAGAGCCAGACUCCGGGCGAAGGUUUAUGAAGGGUUAGCAGAGGUGGAUUCCGAGAAGAAGUAAGACGAGGCUAGCUGUCACACCAGCAGGGACGAGACCUCAGGGAAUCAACAAGGAGUUAGAGCUAGAGUUAGUUUAAUUAUUUUGUUCAUGAUUAUGAGUUUAUGUACUAGACAUUCAAGGCUCAAGAUUCUGUGUUAAGUUGUUUUAAGUGUUUGAG